AUGAAGCUUUCCUCUCUUGUUCACAUAUUAGCAGCCCUCAGCCGGUGUAGUUAUGCUGGCUUGCUGCAACGUGACUCCCAAUGCACAAGGCUGUUACAUUUAUAUCCCGAAACGGGUCCUACUCAAGUCCACACUGCGAACUCAAUUCCAACAGGGGGGCUGAAUAUCUCUUCCGACGAUGGAUCGAAGGCUACGCAGAAUGAAAUUCCGAUCUGUCACGUCCAGGGUACAUUGAAGUAUGCGAAUGGCGAGAACGGCCAUGUCCAGCCCGACACAAAAGGACAUGCAACACUUACCUGGGAGGUCUUUCUCCCUGAACAGUCUGAAUACAACGGUCGAUACCUCGGAAUUGGAAACGGCGGGUACGCAGGCAUCAUCGAUAACUACACCAUGCUCACCCACCUCAACGAAGGCUAUGCCGUCGGCGGCUGCGAUAGUGGGCAUCAUAUCAACGAGAAUGGGAAGGACGGGGGACAUGCUGCAUACAUGGACGAUAUCGCCAAAGUGAAAGCGUGGAUCCACGACUCGAUUGCCCUCACUACUACGAUUGCACGAGACUCAAUCACAGCCCAGUAUUACUCAAAGCCUCCUAAGUAUAGUUACUACUAUGGCUGCUCAACUGGCGGUGGACAGGCCUACUCGCUCGCGCAGUUCUACCCUUCGCUCUUUGAUGGGAUUUAUGCUGAAGGGCCCGGUAAUUACUACACUCAUCUGGUGUUGAGCUUCCUCUGGAACCAGCAACAUACAGCCGGUGAGGGAUUUCUGGAUCAGGAUAUUCUGGACUUCAUGACGGAUAAAGUACUCGAUGCAUGCGACGAACUCGACGGCGUCAAGGACCGAGUGAUCGAGAAUCCUCUCGACUGUCCCUUCGACAUCAAAUCGCUACAAUGCAGCAACAAUCAAACCAACGAAAACCCCUGUCUAGCCCCAGCCCAAGUCAAAGCAGCACAGGCCAUCUACAGCGGAGCAAAGGACUCUCGCACCGGUAAAACAGUCUAUCCAGGCUUCAGCCUCGGGACCGAAACUGCCUGGCUCGAUCAACAAGACACACUAUUCAGCACCUACGGCGCACCAAUCCUCCGACAACUCGUUUUCCACAACAGCAGCUACGACGCAGUCACCGACUUCAACUGGGGCAGCGAUCUCGACACCGUCGCCAAACACGCCUCGCCACUAAUCGACGGGAUAAGCACCAAUCUAACAGCCUUCCACAGCCGCGGCGGCAAAUUCAUCACAGCGCAGAGCUGGGCAGAUCCAAUCAACGCCGCCACAUGGCCAAUGCAGCACCUCUCCGCUAUCCAGCAGACCAUGGGCCAAAAUGCCGUAUCUGAGUUCAUGAGGCUGUUCAUGAUUCCCGGCGGCGGACACUGCGGGCCGAACCCGUCGUACCCACAGGUUCCGGUGAAGAAUGACAUUCUCGGCGCCCUUGUACAGUGGGUCGAGAGGGAGGAGGUUCCUGAUGGUGUACGCAGCUCCGAACCGUCUGAUGGGUCUGAUGUGACGCGGAGACUGUGUCCGUGGCCUGCCCAGGCGAGGCUUGUCGGGGGGGACCAGGACGACUGGACGGAUUACCAGUGCGCGGGUUCGUGA